AUGUAUUCACUACGCAACCCACGCCCACUCGGCAUGCAGGUCCACGCUGUGCCGGAGUCCGAGAGAUUUGUCGACGAGACAGGUCGCAGACUCCCUUGGGGAUACGAGUACACACCAAACACUGUCAACGAAGCCGAACAACAGAACGAGCAAGAGAAGGGCCCAUUUGGACGGAAUUCGAGAAGGAGUAGGACAGGCCUCUCGAGGAGCCGAUCGAAAACCGCCGAGCCGAGACGUGAGGAGGACAGACAAAGGGCGGAGAAUGUCGCAGCGGAGGACGCAGUGUUCGGCUCGUUGCGAAGGGUCACUGCUAAGGAUGAUGGAAGACGAGAUGCGGCUGCAGAUAGUGAUGCGCUGAAUGCAGGUGCGCGAUUGCAUCAAGAGGCAGAGGUCGAGCCCACGGAGGUGCUGCUCUACGGGUUCGGCGAAGACUUGCAAUGGGCUGCUAUUGAUUUUUAUGAGCGGGUUUCAAAUGGCCUUGUUCUGGAGGAUUACGAUCGCCAGCCUCCGGGACAACGCUACGAUGCGUCCCUAUCACUGGGGAGAGCCGCAGCGCAGAAUACCUUGUCGAGAGCCGCGAUGCGGAAACGAAACAAAUACGCGGGCGGAAACCACUGGAUCAAAAUCACAUUCGACUCACGGCAGGCGGCAGAACUCGCGAUUGCCAGCGGACCGCACAUCAUCAAAGGAUACCUCGUCUACGCGGAGCCUUAUCAGAAUCGAGGCCCACAGCGAGACGAGCCCGUUCUCGCAACUCAGGCAGGGGCGCAAGUGACAUCAGAUGUUCUGCCCGCAACCUUUUCGACAGAGAACAUGGACAUCAGCCCGGAUGGCAGUCCAUCAACAUUAUCAUCCACAACUGCGACGGCGAUGAGCGGACCUAUUGGCUCGCGGUCGUCCAGGACCAGACUUGGCCUCAACGACUCCCCGACGAACAGCGAUUCUACAAUCCGAGGAAAUUUGAUAUCACAACCAGCCCGACCGCUGGCACAGCCACUCUUCGCACCCCGAUCGAACACCACCGCGUUCCAAAGGAGCAGUCAAGUGCAGCCACAGGCUCGGCGCGCUCGCAUAGAAGGCACCACGCCGGCGACAGUCUUACCCGCAGACAUGGCAUUGGCGCCGAAACAGCCACAGCCGUCCUGGUCGUCAUGGAUAGGCGCGAGCGAGAUCAUCGGCUCCGCUCUGCCGCGCAAAGAGGAUGGCAGCUUCGACUGGAACCGGGCGAGUUUGUACUGGCGGAUUUUCUUCUACAUCGAUAUGCUGUUCGGCACGGACUUCUGCGGGUUGAGGACGGAGGAGUGA